AUGGCCACACAUCUAGUUUUCUUAAGAUGGCAUGCACCUACUUGUGAAAUUUUCACGAACGCCUCCCAGGAGCCAGAAAUAGUAUACCUCAAUACAGCUCACAGCCCCCAGAUAAAAACACUUAGUUUCAAUCGGCCACUCAUGGGUCGGCACACCUACCUGCCUAUAAAUGAGCCACCACAAGAAGAUAGUGUAGCAUCCGCAUCGCCGCUAGCCUUUUUCAUCUCCAACACUGUUGAAGUUCGUGCAGCCCUACAGAGUGACGGUCAGAGCUAUGAAAAUAGUAUACGCCGAUUCAUAGCCGCAGCCGUUUUCUUCUUCUUCGGCGAGACACAUAAAUUAUGGAGGCAGCUGAACACUUUACGGAGGCGGUUAAUCAACAAAGGUAAUCUGAGCUUCUCCAGUCCGUUGUUAAGAGAAAAUCAAGAAAAAGAUAUCAUUAUUGAAGUUACGAAACCCUUAAGCCGCAUUCAGUAUUUGUCUCGACGCCUGGUCACGCUCUAA